AUGACACAGCCGCGCGACCUGCACAAAUACCACAUUUACGCGCCUCUUGCAGGCGACCCGCCAGACACAGACGUGCCACUCGGUCUCGCACUCGCAUGGCUCGUCAUCCGCGCAACUCCGUUGCCAGAACAUGCGGGCUCCAAUGUUUACAGCGUGCCCUUUGUCGCGGCGAUCCUGGACGUCGUUGCGCGCGAGGCUCACGAGGUCAACCCCCAGCGUGGAACGUAUGCUGUGUUGAGAGCAGAGACGGACCGUCUGGUCCAUCGCGAGGCAAACGUCGCGAUGCGCACAGUGACCAAGCGCCGGGCGAAGGGACAGCCCGUGUCCCCCGAGCUCCUCCAAGUCGCUGCUGGGGAGAGCUGGAUGGAGGAUUUUCCCGCCAACUUUUCCGACAUUACGAGCGGCUGCGCGUUUGUUGACACCGUCGAUCGUGAGCUGCGCAACCGUAUCAGUGAGGAUGGCGAAGAGCCCCUCGAGAGCUUCGAACCACUGGAACGACGGUCGCCUCUUGGGCAAUACUUUCGCAGACUGCUCCUGAAGCUCUGCAACCUCGGGUUUGACGAAACCGCGGUGGUUGCUGCGCAGGUGGCCGAAUGGUGCGGCGCCAGGUUACCCGCGACGGAGCGGCCGCUCGCUCUGUCUGCCAGGGGAGAGAGAAUGGAAGAAGGAACACCAGACGAGCGCGUCUCGAGCAUCACAACGUAUCGCGCCGCGGCCGCGUCUGGCGACUAUGGAACUGCACUGGCUUCCCUGCGCCGGUUCUACGACUUUCAACUUCCAUCGACGGAGCGUACAGUACACCAACACGCGCUCCUCAACCUCGCCAUGUUCCACUACACCACUGGAGGACUGGACAGUGCCCUCGAGGCCCUUGACGAAGCAAUGCGUCACGCCAGGCAGGAGAAUGACAAGCAGUGUCUUCAGAGCUGCGUGUCGCUGCGGUAUCGCCUGACCACCGAACUAGAGGCGUCCGCUUGGCCUGGGUCGUCCGUUCCUCGGGUCUCGCCGCAUCCUCUCCCUCCUCGACGUCUCGCCAAAGCCGCAGCGCCCGGUGACGAGUUGUGGAGCAUCAAGGCCGCAGUCGACAUGGGUGAGCCUGUGCCCGUCGCGUUUCGCCGGGUGCACGUCUCCCUCGGCCUACUACAUCCUCCUCAAGACAAGACCGACAAGCCUGACAAGCCCGACAAGCCUGAUGGGUCGCGUCACGUUCCCGCAGGCCACCUAUCCUUGCCUGCGUGGCACGCCGCUCAAGCCGGCCUGUGGGCUAUGCUUGGCUCUGAGACGCUCGCCGACAUGCACGAGGAGAUGGCACUGGCCGCGCCUGACCUUGACGAUGAGACGCGCGUCGACGUCCUCCUCGCGCGAGCAGAACGUAUUGCCAUUGAGGGACGGUACGACGCCGCCCUCUCUCUGCUCCUCGACAGCGAUACGGUCGACGAGUUGAGCCUGGCAGACUAUCGUCGCUGGGCACUGGCAACAUGGGGCGUUCUCGACCGCGAAGCCACCUUGGCUGCCGACAGCGACGCGCUGGCAGUCAUCAACGGCCUGCGCGCCGCACCAGCCACUAUAUCGCGUCUCGGUCCAGGAGGUCCCCUACGCGACGCCUUUGACCCCGACGAGCCAUACAACACUCCACCCAGGCGAGGCAUCACGUUUGCCCACGGACAAGUGACAUCUGCCCUCCGCCGCGCCGAGAAGCUCCUUGCCAGCCACGCACCUGCGCACCUCGUUCUCCCCGACGUCCUGUCUGCGCUCCAGCUCAGUGCUUCCCUGGGUCUCUGGCCGCUGUACACGUCCGGCACGCUCGCGCUGGCGGACACGCUGUUAGCGAUGGACCUGCCCGCCAAGGCCGAGGCUGAAGCCGCACGAGUAUGGGACAGGUUGCGCGGCGUCGAUGUGGCUCGCGCAGCUCUCAUCCGUGCCAAGGCUGCUGCCGCGCUCGCCCUGGCCGACGCAGACGUCCUUGACGGGAGCCUGCUCGCUGUCGCAGCUGGGUAUGCCGAUACGGCUAUCCAAGUGGGCGACGAGUACGGCGCUCGAGCUGUGCGGAGGGACGCGCUGGCAUUGAGGAGUAUGGUCGGUGAACUGGCGGGUCUACCUUGUGAAAAGACCGAGGAAGCGCCUGCGCCGCUCUUGGCCGAGAAGAGCAGGAGGGUGGGAGAGAUUGUGCGUCUGGUGGGUGUCCGCGUCGCAGAGGGCUGGAAGUAA